AGUUUCGUUCGAUCGUGAGCUCCGAAAACUGGAAAAAAUGGUUAUUUUGAUUUUUUAAAAGACAUGUAGUGAUUUUUCGCGAUUUAUUUUAAAAAUAUAAUCGCGAAUUCGGUUCAAUUAUUCGUAAUCGAUGUAUUUUUUCGUAGUACAAACGUGUAUAUGUUAUCCAGCGUAAAUAAGCGACGUAAUCUGUUGAUGAAUCUGAUGGAAAAUUACUCGUCACAACUCACAAUCGUUCAACUGAAAAUGUAGCUAUAUCCAACGGGGAACGGGAUAAUUAUAUUUCACAUAAUUUCUUCAAUCUUAACGAUUUUUUCCGCACUCGUCGAUUUUGCUCGCCUCUUUGGUCGAAGCAAAAAAAUCAUGGAUUCGAAUUCCGAUCAGAAUAUUCCGAAUUCCGAACAAGAUUCGUGUCGAGCUGGAAUCACUAUCAGUGAUACUGAUAUCGCUAACGUGCCCUCGGCCGAUAACACUAAUGACAUAGCCGAACCGAAUCAAGACAAUCGUAGUGAAACGGAAUCAAAAAAUGUGAUAUCGAACGAACACGAAGAAAAACAAUACGAUAAUUGUCGCGAAAUCGUCGACAUCUACGACCAAGAGUCGAAGCAACAGAUCGUGAACAAUACGAAUUCUACCGAUCUGAAUCAAAAUUCGGAACUGUACAGAAACUUUUUGCCUAUCGUAGAACUGCCAACUUUGGCCAACGCCGAAGAACUGCUCAAAUCUAAUGAAGUUCUGUCUAGUACGUUUGAUACGUCUUUAUGCAGCGAAGAGGAUACAUCUGUUCAGAAUACCUUUAAUACUUCGCAAUCUAGUCUGUGUACUGAUGCUGAGGCGUGUUUGACACGAGAAUGUUCGGUAUCUUUGCCCAAUAUCGAUGAUUUAUUGUCUCAAACCGAUGAGAAUGGACGAACCGAUGUCGUUAAAAUUGAAAAUUCCUUAGAUACGAUGUCUACCAGUUUUUACGAUCCGGAUAAUCCUGAGACCAAUGUGAAUCAAAUUCAAGACACUUACUUGACUUCGGUUUCGACUCAAUCGGCCGAUGAUACGAUCUGGCCCGAUGGUCAGGAUCCCGAAUACGACGAUAUAUCCUAUUCUGAUUGUAAUACCAGCGCCAUCAGCAGUAAGAGUAACUUGAAAAGGAGUCGGAAUAUCUCAGAUACGAGUACUCCGAUUAAAAAGCCAAAGAAAGGGAUAACGUUCGAUUCCGUUAACGUUUACUACUUCCCUAGAACGCAAGGAUUUACGUGUAUUCCAUCCCAAGGAGGAUCUACGUUGGGAAUGUCUUGGAAUCAUUCCCAUACCAAAAAGUUUUCCUUAGGCGAGCAUGCAGCUGAACAAAGGCGAGCUCAUAAGCAAUUUUGCUCCCAGCAGUUUUCAAAUUCGAGAAAUUGGAACGAAAUGGCCACCAUUUCAAGCGAGGAUAGCGAUAGUGAUGAAAUCAUCUCCGAUUCUGAGAUGGAUUACGAAAAUUAUAACUUUUUACAGCCAAUUCCCACUCGAGAACGUAGAGCCAUGUUGAGAGCAGCCGGUAUACAGAAAAUAGACUCUGGUGAGAAGGAUGAAUGUCGAUCGAUUCGAUUAUCUAGAGAGUUCUGUGGGUGUACGUGCCAAAUGUAUUGUGAUCCUGAAAGAUGCGUUUGUGCUCAAGCUGGAAUUAAAUGCCAGGUCGAUCGUAUGAACUUCCCUUGUAGCUGUACCAGAGAUGGCUGCGCUAACGAAAACGGUCGCGUCGAGUUCAAUCCGGUCCGAGUCAGGACCCAUUACAUCCAUACGCUGAUGCGUCUAGAAAUGGAGAAAAAACACGAAGAAGACGAGCAACGUAACAAAAUGAUGCUAAACAGCAUGGAAUCGAACAUCGGCGCGGCUCAGCUCUCGUACUCCAAUUCUCCUCUAGACGAUUUGACAUCCGGCGGCGGCUCCAACUUGAUGAAUUUCGCCUACCAUCAUAACGAUUUGCAAUCGUAUUAUUCCCAGCCUGUAGUUUCUGGCUCUUACGGCGACUCUGUGGCGACCAGUUCGUCUUCUUCAUCUAUCGUAAACUCGUGUUUCAAUUUCUCAUACGGGCCCGGUGAUCAAUUCGUGUUACCUUCGUCGGCAGCGGCGGCCGCAGCAGCUGCUGCAGCUGCCGCCGCAGCAUCGCUCGCUUAUCACGAAUCGAUGUCCCAUUCGAAUAUAAUUAGAAUGGCCUCGUCGAACGACUACUGUUGCUCGGGUACUUCGGUCAAUACGGCUUCGUCCGACCAUCACCAUCAUCAUCACUUGCCACAAGAACCAUUACGCGCGUCCGAAUACAACGACGAUGACGACGAUUUGCUCAUGAAGCAGCGAAACGAUCAUAGUUUUGUUCUUAGAGACCUUAGCAAUGGUUCGGAUAACGACGGUAGCGUCGUAGACGCGAAUAAUGUAUCUUACACUAACGAUGCUCAUUCGACAACGUACAUGCAAUUGGGCGAAAAUUACAAUCAAGAUGAUGCUCCAGGAGCCCAGCAGCCGACCAGCUGCGAUACAUCGGCCGAAGCCAGCGAAGAAACCGAGAAAGAGGAAUCGGAUAGUGAAAAUUUCGGUAAUAUUAUUAAAAAAACAAUGGUCGAAAGUGUCAUAGCCUAAAGAUAAAAUGCAAACUGCCGCCAUAACGGCCAAUCGGGUCGUUUAUUUAUUUCAUCCGUCUGUUAUUUAUUUUGUAUGAUAUUACGUGUUUUUUUUUGUCGUUCUGUUGAACGAGACAGUUUUAUACGAAUUUUUUGUUCGCUCUACUGUUCAUUUGUUCCUUACGUCUAAGAAUCGAUAAUAUUUUAGUAGCGUUGUUUUUUUUUCUUUAUUUUUUUACAUGUAUUCUGUUCUCCUGUUUACCUUCUCGCUCUAUAUUUACCUCUAUCCUGUCUUAUUAGUGCUGCUGGAGUAGAUCAAGCGUAGAAUUAUACGAGUAUAACGUGAAUAAUAGUGCACCUUACGCUUUUUUUCCUUUCGGCGUUGCGAUCUGCGAUCUGCGAUCUCGUAUGUGCUUUAUGUGAAAUUUUUUAGAACCAUCCCGCGAAAUUAGCAUUUAUAUUCGAAUGUAUAUGACGAAUACCCUGAUUAAUUAUGUAGUAUGUAUUGUCGAGAACAAGCUUCUUCGGUUAUUUUUGUUACAUUCUUUUUUUUCUAUGAUAUGCAAUGACACCUUGCCGCUUUUCGAUUAACUUAAAUCUGAUGUGUAUGUGUAUCGUUUACGAUAAAUCGAAAAUACGAAUAAAAUAAACUUAUUUAUAUCGAUGA